GGGGCCCAAAACGAAAAGCCUUGAAGGAGAAAAAAGUGCGGAAACGCGUAGCGUAAAAUCUUGCCGGAAACCAAGGAGGGGUAAAUCGGUAAUAGAACCUUCUUCUUUCUUUUCUCUUCUCUGGUGCACGACAGUUGACCAAUCAGCCACACUCUUCAAACCCACGUCUCAGCGAUUCGCCAUCUCUCGCUUGGCCAGGAAACGUAUCCUUCAAAUCCCCGGCCUUCUCUCUCUGCUCCAUUUUUGUGCGCGUGGUAUAGAGAGAGAGAGAAAGAAAGAGAGGGCAGCUCAAGUGAGAGAGAGAGAGUUGGCAGCAGAAGGAAGGAAUACGAUGUCGUUGGAGGAGGACGAAGAAUCGUUCGAGCACACCCUGCUGGUGGUCCGGGAGGUGGCGGUGUACAAAAUCCCGCCGCGUUCCACCUCCGGCGGCUACAAGUGCGGGGAGUGGCUGCAGUCGGACAAGAUCUGGUCGGGGCGGCUCCGGGUCGUUUCCUGCAAGGAGCGGUGCGAGAUCCGGCUGGAGGAUCCGAACUCGGGGGAUCUGUUCGCGGCCUGCUUCGUCCCGCGGGGGCAGCGGGAGACGUCGGUGGAGCCGGUGCUGGACUCGUCGCGCUACUUCGUGCUCAAGAUCGAGGACGGCGCUGGGAAGCACGCCUUCAUCGGCCUUGGGUUCGCCGAGCGGAACGAGGCGUUCGAUUUCAACGUCGCCCUCUCCGAUCACGAGAAGUACGUCCGCAGGGAGCACGACAAGGAAACCGGGGAGAGCAGUGCCGCCGGUGCUGCCGACGGCAUCGACAUCCACCCCGCCGUAAAUCACCGGCUCAAGGAAGGGGAGACGAUUCGGAUAAAUGUAAAGCCUAAGCCGACUAGCAGUGGAACCGGAAUGCUGUCUGCUGCGGGAUUAGCCGGCGGGACUGCAGCGACAGGGAAGGCUAAACCGUUGAGCCUUGCCCCACCUCCGGCUGCGGCCGGCAAGAUAAGGUCGCCGUUGCCGCCGCCACCUAACGACCUGGCGGUUGUUCGGAUAACAAGUACAGCUGGUGGGAGGGCAACCAAGGACAGUAGCAAUAGUAAUAGCAGGAGUUCUACCGAUUCGUUAUCAGAUUUUUCACAGCUUCAGAGGAAUCUCCCGCCGGCGACCAAGGCAUCAACAAGAGGAGAAAAGACAAAAACUGCAUCGGGAUGGGCGGCUUUCUAAUAUUAGACAUGAAUGAAGUAAAUGGCGGUGAUGGAAUUCAGGUGUUUGUGACUUUGGUUGGUUACCUGUUUAUUAUGUGAGAGUGAGUUUAUAGUAUGAUUUCCCCGUUUUGGGUUUCCAUUUAUCAGAGAGAAGAAAGAGCAAAAAAAGAAAAAGAGAACUGAUGAACUUGAGAGUUGUGACUUGUGAAUUGUGA